AUGUCUCAGCCUGUUCAGGGUAAGACUGCAAUUGUCACAGGCGCAGGAAGCGGAAUCAACCUCGCUUUUGCUACGAAACUUCUAUCGAAGGGUUGCAAUGUCGUCUUCGCGGAUCUUUCCUUAAGGCCUGAGGCGAAAGCUGUGGUAGCCGCGUACAGCCAGCCGGCUGAAGGUCAGGGUCGCGCAGUCUUCCAGGAAACCGACGUACGCGACUGGCUGCAGUUGGAACGUAUGUUUGUCACGGCAGAGAGAGAAUUCAAAUCUGUUGAAAUUGUUUGCCCUGGGGCUGGGGUCUAUGAGCCGAAAUUCAGCAGCUUCUGGUACCCCCCAGGAAGCCCCGAAAGUCACGAUGCAACAAAUGGCGGUCGAUACGCGCUGCUCGAUAUCAACCUGAUUCACCCGAUCCGAACCACUCAACUAGCCAUAUCGAGAUUCCUCAACGCCAAAUCAACGAGUCCAAGGUCCAUUGUGAUCAUCUCAAGCACCAGUGCUCAAGACACUAGCAUCUCCACUCCUUUAUAUGACGCAUCCAAACAUGCAAUCAGUGGAUUUGUUAGGGCAUUAAAGGACAUCGAGUCGGCUGGGAUACGAAUAACCGCUGUAGCGCCUGGCAUUAUCAAGACACCGCUCUAUACCGAAAAUCCGGAGAAGAUGGCUAUGGUUGAUUCCCUCAAAGACGUUUGGGUGGAGCCCGAGGAGGUGGCAGAGGUCAUGGUGGCGCUGAUCGAGCGGGACACCAUGAGCUCAACAAUCGGCGAAUAUAGCGAGGAUAAGCAGGACAUCUCUAUCAGCGGAGGGACAAUUAUCGAGGUUACAAAAGCUCGAGCGAGACCCGUAACUGCGUACAAUGACCCAGGCCCGUCAGGCCCUGGUGCACUUGCAUCCAACAUUGCAGCUUCAGAGACAGCGACGAAGAAUAUGCUUAAGGGAGGAUGGGGAGUGUAUGAAUAA